CACUAGCUUUCCGAUUGUAACAAUUGGUGGCACCGGUGGCGGCUACUUUACUCUGGCGACGUUUAUAUCAACAAUUAUAUUUUUUCCAUUUACUGUAUUCAAAUCAGCAGGUUUGCGUUAAGUAAAAAAAGGGGACGAUGAACUUUGCAGCUUCAUUGUGUAGGAGAUUGUCUGUUAGUGACUUGGUUACAAAGAUCCCUGUUUAUAGUUCCGCAAGUGAUGUUACUGGGGAUGGGCUAAGCAUGGUGUUCAGACGCUGGGCUACCAAAAAAACAGCCGGGUCGACUAAGAAUGGGCGUGAUUCGAAUCCUAAGUAUCUCGGGGUUAAGAAGUUUGGUGGUGAGAAAGUGAUACCUGGAAAUAUAAUCGUACGACAGAGAGGCACUCGUUUCCAUCCAGGAGAUUAUGUUGGGAUGGGCAAAGACCAUACACUAUAUGCUUUAAAAGAAGGCAAUGUCAAGUUUGAACGCCACAAGCUGAGUGGCCGCAAGUGGGUGCAUGUUGAACCCAAAGACGGCCAUGUACUUCACCCUAUCUACCAGAAAGCUGCUGUAAGCAACUUGAAGACCACAGCUUAGGUGAGGAAGCUUUCUAAUAUUGAUAUCCUAUAAAUCAUGUUAUAUUAGUUAGACUUCAAAAUUCCUGCCAAAUUUGUUCUGCCCCCUAACCUUGAAUAUUUUUGGUACGCUCUUUCGGGAUCUAAAAUAACCAUAUCCAUAAGCUCAUUGAAUUUCACUGAAAA